UGAUGAUCACUUCAAAUUCACAGCUUCAAUUCGCAUUUUGUACGAAUUUACAGUUAUAUUUCAUUUGAUACAAAAAUAAAAAUGGAGGGUUCAAAAGAUGUAAGUCUGUUAGACUUUUGGGCUAGUGUUUUUGGAAUGAGGGUCAGAAUUGCACUUGCUGAAAAAGGUAUCAAUUAUGAAUAUCAUGAAGAAAGCCUUCAAAACAAAAGCUCAUUGCUCCUUAAGAUGAACCCGGUUCACAAGAAAAUACCGGUUCUCAUCCAUCAUGGCAAACCCGUGUGUGAAUCCAACAUCAUUGUUCAGUAUAUCGAUGAGGCUUGGAACGACAAGUCUCCAUCCUUGUUGCCUUCUGAUCCUUAUCUCCGAGCUCAAGCUAGGUUCUGGGCUGAUUUCGUUGACAAGAAGAUUUAUGAAGGUGGGAAGAAGAUAUGGAUGACAUCGAAAGAAGAUGAUCAAGAAGUUGCAAAGAAAGAAUUCGUAGAUUCGUUGAAGGUGUUGGAAGGACAGCUCGGUGACAAGCCGUAUUUGAUUGGAGAGAGCUUUGGGUAUGCCGAUAUCGCAAUGAUACCCUUCAGCUGGUGGUUUAAUACAUUGGAGAAGAUUGCAAAUAUAAAUUUUGAGAAAGAAUGUCCAAAGCUGGUUUCUUGGGUUAAAAGGUGCAUGGAAAAAGAAAGUGUCGCUAAAACUAUUCCUGAUCCUCAAAAGUUUUAUGACCUUUUGAUGGGAAGGCAGAAGAAACAAGGUCACUAGUAGCUAAUUAUAAUUAUUACUACAUGAUAUAUUCCGUGUUAAGGUUGGUAAUGAGUAAUCAAUGUAAUAAGGAAAAAAGAUACUUUGAUGUGUCUUUUACUGUUAGUUUGUACGUUUAUUGUUUAUUUGAGAUGAUCUAUGUAUCAACUUAUAUAAAUGUGUGUCAUUUGUUCAUCUAUAUAAUUAUUAUUAGAACAGUAGUUAA